CCCUUCCCCGCAACGAUGAGUCGUGACCGGCGCCGCCCCCUUGUAUGCAGAUGAGGCGCCUUGCGUGCCUUACCAUUGGCCAGCGCCGGCGCCUUCCCCCCGCCCCCGCAGGGCGAAUGUCUCCUUCACUCCCGGCAGCGACGGCGGGAUUCCAGCCCGGAGCGCGGAGAGGAAGUAUGCCGGCGCCUGAUUGGCUGUGCUCCGCGUUCCAGACCCCGCUGAUUGGCCCCUGAAGAGCCGGAAAGAUGCUGGCCAAGGGCACGAAGCGGAAGCGGAUCGAGGGGGACGAGGCCGCCCCGUCUGCGGGCCCCACCAGCUCCCUCUUCAGCCUCUCUGUCUCCAAGCUGCACCAGAGCCUCCAGCACAGCGAGCCCAACCUGCGGCACCUGGUGCUUGUGGCAAACACCCUGCGGCGCAUCCAGGACGAGAUGCAGCCGGCCGCGGGGGCCCUCUUCCAGCAGCCAGACCCUCCUGCAGCCGCCGCUGGCAGCUCCGUCUGCAGGGAGAGCCCUGGGGGCGCCCUGCCCUGUGCCCUCCAGGACCCUGGCAGGAGGCUGCCUCCGCCACCGCCUUCUCUCGCCCCCCACGUGGACGAGCUGCUCCUCUCCAGCAUGGACCUCUCGGUCUUCUCCACCAUCCUGGAGGACCUCAGUGGCCUGGAAGGGUUUGGGGAUGCCGUGCACCCGCCCACCGCCCAGCCCGAGGGAGGCCUGCUCUGCUCGGAGCCGGAACGGACGUCGCAGCCGUGCUCCUCCACCCCGCUGCUGGACACCCUGGGCCCCAGCACCUACCUGCUGGAGGACGGCCUGGAGGGCAUCUUUGAAGACAUUGACACCACCAUGUACGACUGUGAGCUGUGGUCGCCCACCAGCCUCCCCAGCUUCAAGGAGGCCUUUCCCAGCUCGGAGGACGAGCGGCCAGGCUUGGCGGACCUCGAUUAUCUCAUGGACAUGCUGGUGGAGGCACAGGAGCUGUGACCGGGGCAGUGGGGAGAGGUGGGGGGGGAGAGUGGAUGUUCCUGUAGGAGCCGAGUUUCACCUUGGGGUGGGGGCACCUCUGGUGGGUGGGUCGCAAGUGGGCAACAUAGGGAAAUGGGGGCAUUGCAGUUAGCAUCAGGCUGUAUUCAGCUCGAGAGUUUUCCUCCAGGUAGACCGACUGCAUCAAAAAAGCCAGAGCCUUGCAUGAAGAUGCAAAAUGGCCCCGUUUACAUCUUCUGAGAAGCUGUUCCCUCAACUUCCUGUAUGAGAUAAUCGCACAAAGGAACGGGCUCUGCGGCCCCCCUGACAUGCCUGGAGGUCAGAGUCCGGCUUUCCGUGAGAAUCUGGGCACCUCCGAGAGGCUCAAACAGAUUGCAGUGGUACCUUGGUUUAAGAACAGUCCUGUUUACGAACGAGUUGGUUUACGAACUCCGCAAAACCGGAAGUAGUGUCCUGGUUUGCGAACUUUACCUCGGUCUACGAUCGGAAGCUGAAUGGUGGAAGGGCACCGGAGGUGGGAGGCCUCAUUAGGGCCUUGGUUUAAAAACAGUUUCGGUUUAAGAACGGACUUCCGGAACAGAUUACGUUCAUAAACCGAGGUACCACUGUAUCUGAUACAACAAGGUUCUGCAACGGCUUUUAAAGGCAGGAAUGGCUCUCCUGCUUCCCAGGGGCAGGGGGAUGGGAUUUUCCAUUUGUGGGGGGCUUCUCCCCCCCAAAAAAACCCCAAUGGGUCAGAUUUUGACUGAGGUGUUGACUGACUUGUUUGCAAAGGAGAAGCACCUGAGUCUCGGUCGUCCUGAAGGGCCUGUUUGCUGAGCUCGCCCCGCCUUCUCCAGAAUGCAGUCAUUCCAUUUCCUCCUCCACCCCUCGGCUGACUCCUCUGGGUGGCAAGGGCAAGAAAGGCAGGACCCGGAGCUGCCUUGCACCUGCAUCCUUGCAUAUGUGCGCUCACACACAAAUGUUUGGUGUAUUGAGAGCUGCCUUCAGCGGCAAACGGUUGUGAGUCUGGGAGGGUAAUUUAUUGUCUGAGUGCCGAGGACUCAAAACAUGGCAAUCCCAUGUACUGUUUAUGUGUCAUAUCACUUUUUAAAUGACCAAAUUUAUCUUUCUCUCUCUCUGUGUGUGUGUGUGUGCAUUUCACUUGAGGGACCUGAAAAGGUAGAACCCUAGUAGGAAGGGACCCCCGAGGGUCAUCCAGUCUAACCCCCUGGAAUCCCUGACCAAUGGUCAUCCAACCUCUGCUUUAAAAACUCCAAUGGAGGAAAGGCCAGCGCCUUCCAAGGGAGGCCCUUCUACUGCCCAACAGCUCAUACCUCCAGAAAGUUCUUCCUAAUGUUCAACUGGAAGCUCCUUUCUUGCAAUUUGAAGCCAUGGGUUCCGGUACCGCCCUCUGGGGCAGCAGAAAACAAGCUUGUUCUGUCUUCCAUGGGGCAGCCCUUUGGAUAUUUGAAGAUGGCUGUCAGGUGAACGCUUCAGUCUUCUCUUCUCCAGGCUGAGAUGGCCCUUUUGGUCCCUUCCAACUCUUAUGAUUAACUCCCUCAACCGUUCCUCAUCUGGCCUGGUUUCCAAACCCUCGAUCAUCUUGGUCACCCUCUUCUGACCACCUUCUGGCUCGUCAAUAUCUGUCUUAAGUUGUGGUGUCCAGAACUGGGUGGGUCUUGGGCUGCAACAGGUUUUUCUGCUGGGAUCCCAUAGCAUUUGUCUCCUCCAGGCCCUUCCAUGAAAUGCUCACUCAGACCAAGCUCAGUGCCAACCCCUCCCCCAGUACGUCUUUUGCACAGUUGCCAGCCAGCUGCCGCCAGGAAGCCCCCACUCAACCAAGGCUACAAAGACAGCAGGGGGGGGUUCAUUUGCCUACAACACCUGGCACCUGCAGGUAUAUCGCCCCUGUAUGUGGAGGCUCUGUUAAUUGGCAUUGGGGGGGGUGAGGCUCCUCCAUCAGUUUGCCUCACCUGAGCCCAGGAGUGUCUUUGUAUUGUGUGAUGGGCAAUGAUUUAUGGCAGGCAUCCCCAAACUUUGGCUCCCUCCAGAUGUUUUGGACUACAAUUCCCAUCAUCCCUGACCACUGGUCCUGUUAGCUAGGGAUCGUGGGAGUUGUAGGCCAAAACAUCUGGAGGGCUGCAGUUUGGGGACGCCUGAUUUAUGGCAUAGCAAAAGUCGUUAAAGAGAACUUUAGCUGCUCCUCCCAUCAUUCUAAAUGUCUUUUUCCAAAAGAGCCCUGAGCGGUUUUUGGGAAGGGGACCCUCAAAGGCUGGGCACACGCCUGGCCCAUUUGUAGGCAACACAGAACACUGUUGCUUUGUAUCUGCGGGCAUGCAUCACACUGUGCCUGUUGCGUUUCUAUCCCACUUUUUUCUCCACGGGACUUUCCCCCUCCUCAUUUUACCCCCAGGACAGUCCUGUGAGGUAGGUUUGACUGAGACACAGCACCUGGCCCAAGGACACCCAGUGAGCUUCAUAGCCGUGGGAUUCAAACCCUUGUCUCCCAGGUUCUACUAGUCUGGCACUGACCGUUACGCCACCCUCUUUCUUCAAUCAUUCCUAUCCUGCAUUCAAAAUUGCAUUCUCUCCCCUCCCCAGUAGCUUUCAUAAGAAGAAACAGCUUGCUGGAUCAGUUUUGCAUCCUGUUCUCACAGCAGUUCAAUACUCCUAAGAAUCGUGAUAGACUGUCUUUAGGCCUGAAGGCAGCCCUGUUUAGAGAAGUUUUUAAUGUUUGUAGUUUUAUUCUGAUUUUAUUCUUCUGUUGGGAACCACCCAGAGUAGCUGGGGAAACCCAGCCAGAUGGGUAGGGGUAUAAAUAAUAAGAUUAUAAUUAUAAUAAUAAGAACAGCCUGUGGGAUCAGGUCAGUGGUCCACCUUGUCCAGCAUCCUGUUUUCACAAUGGCUGACCAGAGUCCCAUGAUGUGAAACCAAGCAGGAUUCGAACGCAAGAGCAACUCUCCCCUCCUGACUCUAGCGACUGGGAUUCAGAAGCAUUGCUGCCCCUGGCCGUGGAGGCAGAGCUUGGCCAUGUAACCAUUGCUAGUGUUCUCCAUGAGAGCUCCUCCUUCAAAAGCUGGAAAUAAUACAACAGCAAUUAAGAACCAUGACAUCGGUCAUCAAAAGCCAGGGGAUAAGGGAGUUUCUGAAGUUCUCCAAAGGGGUUUGGUGGGUUCCCCCAGGGAGGGAAUCCUGCGGUGUGCAAAUAAAAGAGGGAAAGUCUCUUUCCAUCCCACUUUGCUUUCUAACUAUGCACUUAUCCUCUGCGCCUCGGGGGGGGGGGGCUCUCCCAAUAGGUGGGGCUACAGCUGAAGGUGGUCUCACCCUCGAAUCCCCGCUGUGAGAUCGGAGACCAGGGAACGAGGAAGCCACUCUGCCCUUCCAGGGUCAGGUCCCAAUUCUGUGGACUGAAAGAGGACGUGGGGGUGUGUGGAGAGGGUGCCCCAUAACUGCUGUGCUGAGCAAGGGGCUUUAGCACAGAGUCAGGUGAACGCUGGC